AUGGACACUGCGAAAGGUUUUGUAAGAGAUAGUACUCAAUAUUGGGAUGGUUGCCAUAUGUGCUGUAGGGCUCAUGAGGAAGCUGUGGAACGUACUCUUAAAGAUCUCCAAACGUGUAGUCAUGUAGUUGUGGGUACUGGUGGUGAGUGUGAGAUGGUGCGUGUGGUGUGCAAGACAGCGGUAGCGGUCGCUGGACGCGGCGGCGCGCGCGCACACUGCUGGGCGUGCUGCUGCCGCGCUGUUUGUAGUUGUGUAGUUGUGGGUACUGGUGGUGAGUGUGAGAUGGUGCUUGUGGUGUGCAGGACAGCGGUAGCGGUCGCUGGACGCGGCGGCGGCGCACGCACUGCUGGACAUGCUGCUGUCGCACUGUAUGUAGUUGUGUAG